CUCAAUGAGUCUUUCAUAAUUUCAGUCACAAACAGGAGCAAGCCAACGAGUAAAGUGUUUUAAAUGUACUUUCAUUUAUUUCCUGACGAAGUUGUCCUUUUUUUUGCUGGGACCUUUAAUGUGAGAAAGCGGAACUUUCGGUCGGUCUGGGGGUGAUGUCGGGCUGGAAUUACGGCGGAUCCGGCCUGGGGAAAACACGAGAUCAGUGGCGGCGCGACGGACCUGAGUGCGAGAGCUGGCACUUGACCAUUAUGACAACACAAAGUUUCAAGAACAGCAAGCAAGAGUUUAACUUUGGACCAUGGAAGCUCACUGCCAACAAAAGUCAUAUUAUGAAAUCAAAGGAUAUUGAAAAGUUAGCUGAGGAAAUGAAGAUGCAUUCCCUUCCGGAGAUGUUGUUUGGUGAUAAUGUUUUAAAGGUUCAACAUGCUGGUGGAUUUGGCAUUGUAUUUAAUGCAACAGAUGCCUUAAGGACAGUGGAUAAUGGGCAUGGUACAGUUAAGGUAGCCUGUGCAGAGGCAUGGCAGGAGAGCAGGGCUGACUCUGAACACUCAAAGGUUGUUAAACCUUAUGAUUGGACAUUUACCACAAACUAUAAAGGAACAUUACUUGGUGACAAUUUAAAGUUAAAGGUCACUCCCACAACUGAACGCAUUGAUUUGGAGAAAUUGAAAGCAAGAGAGCAAAUCAUGUAUUUUGAAGAAGUUUUGUUGUUUGAAGAUGAACUUCAUGAUCAUGGUGUUUCCAUGUUGAGUGUAAAAGUGAGAGUGAUGCCAUCUAGUUUCUUUGUUUUGUUGAGGUUUUUCUUGAGAGUUGAUGGUGUACUCAUUCGGACAAAUGACACGAGAGUUUAUCAUGAGGCUGACAAAAACUACCUUCUUUCUGAGUACAGCUCCCGGGAAAGUUAUAUUUCAGCUCUUCAGAAUGUUCCACAAUAUCUUUUCACUGAUCCGAACGAGAUCUCGCAGUAUUUACCUCUAAAACAGCUGAUCUGUGAGAAAUUGGAAUUCCCUGAAGGCAUGGACAACAAUACCGUAUUUGGAAAUACGCAGAUCUGUGUUAAUUCUGAUGUGACUGACAGAGAAUCAAGACAAACGUGAUAUUCUGCUAUGGGAAGAAGAAAAAGUUUCUAAAUGGUAGACUAGUAUAAUCCUUUUGAUUUAUUUUAGUAACAGUCAAUAUACUUUUGGGGAACUACUACAAUAAAUUUUGUCUUGUAAAAAGCAGCAGCUAUCAUUUUAAUAGCUGUAAAGAAGAAUUUAUUAAAGGCAGAAUUUAUUAACUGGAUUGAUUGGCAAUUCAGGCUUGUUACAGUAGAAGCCAAAGUACAGUCAGCAGUGCAGCUUUCAGUCUGAUUUUUAAUGUGCUGGCUUAUUGUUGUUUCUAUUUGUUUUGCCAGUGAAAUCUUGAAUCAAUUUGAGCUCUGAAAAAGUGGAUGAGAUUUAUAACUGGUCAUUGUAAUUAAGGAUAAAAUUAGUAGAUAUACUAAAGGUAGACUUAAACUGCACCAUUUAUGAUGUUCUGGAAUGUGCAUAGAGCUGUGCCACAACAUUUGUUCCUGUCUUGCACUCAAAUUGCAGUAAGUUACAGCAUUUGCCCAUACAAAUCAACAUUACAGGAAGUCAUUUGCUGCAAGUUACAUUUGUGCAGUUUAGUAUUGAUGACCAGUCAUUAUAAACCAAUAAUGGAUAUCUCUAAAACUGUGGAACUGCAUAAACUAUGUAAUUUAAAUAAAGAUUGAUUUCUGAAUAACUCUA